CGGGAACGCGCCUGAAACAACAGACCAUCAUCUUUCCCAGCGCUGAGCUAAUCAACCGCAACAGGCAGGAGAUGGCACCAAUUUCGCUAUUCUGAACACAAUAGAAUCGCUUUAACCAAAGGAAGACCUGGGUUGACCACGUGACAUAACUUCCUGUCCCGACAGUCAUGACCUGCAGGGACAUCCAUGCCACCAAUGCCUUCUCCUUCAUUGUUGCCAUUGUUUCGGUGGGAGGCAUUGCCGUGGCAACCGUGAUACCGCAGUGGCGUGUAACGAGACUGGUCACGUUUAACAAAAACGCCAAGAACAUCAGUGUGUACGACGGCCUGUGGGCCAAGUGUGUCAAACAAGACGGCUACUCCGGAUGUUACUUCUAUGAUUCAGAGUGGUAUUCCAAAGUGGACCAGCUGGACCUGAGGCUGCUGCAGUUCUGCCUGCCUGCAGGGCUGCUGUUGGGCUCGGUGGCCCUGCUGCUGUGCCUGGGUGGGAUGUGUAAGACCUGCUGCUGCUCAGACAAGCCUGAGGCAGACAUCAAGACCAGCCGCUGCCUGGUGAACAGCGCCGGCUGCCACCUGGUGGCUGGAAUGUUCCUGUUCCUGGGCGGAGCCAUCGCUCUGGCGCCCUCAGUGUGGUUCCUGUUCCGCACCAAGGAGAUGAACCUAAAGUACGACACCAUAUUCUCAGACGGCUUUGCCGUCUACGUUUCCAUCGGCUGCUCAGGCGGACUCAUGCUCGCCGCCCUGCUGAUGUUCAUGUGGUACUGCAUGUGUAAAAAGCUGCCUUCCCCCUUCUGGCUGCCUUUACCCACCAUGCCCACCUCUCUGUCUGCCCAGCCCCUCACUGCCAACGGGUACCCCCCCUCCCCGGUCUACGGCCCCCAGGCGCCCUUCCCUCCCCAGGGCUAUGCCCCCACCGUCAUCGACGCCCAGCCCUACGGCCCCUUGCAGGCCUACCCCCAGAGCAUGGCCCCCCCCGCCCAGCCCCAGGUCUACCUGUCUCAGAUCUCUGCCCCUGAUGGCUAUGGGUCUGAGGUGGGGGGGAACCAGGCCUACAGCUAUGCUCCGUCCCAGACGUACGCCCCCUCACAGGGCUACGCCCCCUCACAGGGCUACGCCUCCAGCUACGCAGGUCACCGCUUCUCCACCCGCUCACGCAUGUCCGGCAUCGAGAUAGACAUCCCCCUGCUCACUCAGUGAGAAGUUUCUAGACAUAUAUAUAUAUAUAGAUAUUAUAUACAGUCCCUGUCCUUAUCCUCUGUCUCUCUCAGUGUUAAUGCAGCUGCUAGGAGCUGAUGGGAAUACUAAGAUCACCCUGCAGGUGUUCAGCUUCAGAGCUGUAUUUCAGCCGCCCCAGUCCGGUCAGCUCUGCAGACUCUGCUGGAGCUUUCUAUCUGGUCACUUCCGCAGUCUGGAAGUGAAGUGCCAAAUGUUUGAAGCACUACUGUAGAAGUGUCAACACUAGACAGGCUUUUGUGUGAGUGAUGUCAAAAGCCUUCACAACACUAAAAUGGUGUAAAAAUGCCACUGUAACAGUUUUAUUUUCCUUUGUUUCUGUUUAGACAAAUCACACUUAUAACACUAGAACAUAUAAAGCCUUCAUCCUGCUGGAUGACACUAGAUCACCCUUUAACCUCAACUCACAUUUACUGAUUAGUACUCAUUGAAUGUACUUGAUUGGUGACCCAGAAGGGACACUGUCUAACUGCCUAACCUGUGCUUGUGUUCCAUGCCUUUGUGUUCUAUGAAGUUUUGUUAAUUGUACUUUUUUAAAUUCCAAACAGCCAUUGAACAUAUUGUAAUUGAUCCUUUGUUUACUGCACUCAAUUAUUUAAUGAGAAUGAAAACUACAAACUGUUUACAUUUAGAGAGAUGUAGUCUAGUCCGUCUGGCUCUGUUUAGUGUUUUUGAACAUUCAGACCCUGAACAGCUCUGGAUCACUCAUCACGUCUGGGUGUCUCCUGUUUCUUUUUUUUUACAAAAUAAUAAAACUUGGAUUAAAACUCUU